UUGGAGGGUGUUGCGUGGUUGAAAUGAAAUAAAUAUUUAUUUAUUCACACUUGUGGAGGUGGAAUUUGUGAGCUUCCCGUAGAAAAUCGAAAGCGUAAGAGAAAAGGACGAGGUUGGCUUGGCGCGGCGACCUUCUAGGCUAAAGGCAAAAGCGACAGCUUCAUUUCAGCAGACCAACAGCUCUCGUGGACACAUCAACAAGCGUACGCUACACCUCUCUCCGGACCGACAGAAGCUCUGCUCUGAGAUAUCAGCUACGACUGCCGUCUGAAUCUGCGUCUACCUUCCAUCUCUGCCUAUCGACAUCUGUUUUUUUCGCCGACUUGACUCUUACAAAUAGCCAACAUGCCCAGCGCCACGGACCAGAACUGGGAGAAGUACAAGAAGAACUUUGCCGAUGAUGAAGAGCCAGAGAAAAAGAUAACGCCAUUGACAGAUGAGGAUAUCCAUGUGCUGAAGACCUACGGCGCUGCACCAUACGCUGCUGCGAUAAAAAAGCUUGAAAAACAGAUCAAGGACAAGCAAGCAAGCGUAAAUGAGAAGAUAGGAGUCAAAGUAGGUUGUCUUGAUGCUGUCCGUUUGGAGUUUGGGGUGUUUUGUUACUUACUCCUAGACUAGGAAUCUGACACCGGGCUGGCGCCGCCACAUCUUUGGGAUGUUGCUGCAGACAGACAGCGGAUGGCCGAAGAGCAACCGUUACAGGUUGCUCGGUGUACAAAGAUCAUCCAAGAUGAAAAGGAUGCCGAGAAGAGCAAAUAUGUCAUCAACGUGAAGCAGAUCGCUAAGUUUGUUGUAAACCUCGGCGAGCGAGUCAGUCCAACAGAUAUUGAGGAAGGGAUGCGAGUAGGGUAAGUUAAGACUGCCAUUAUAUACCUCCCAUAAAUACUGACAUCAUGAUGAAAAGUGUCGACCGAAAUAAAUACCAAAUUCUUCUACCGCUACCUCCUAAGAUCGACCCGAGUGUUACGAUGAUGACUGUCGAAGAUAAGCCUGAUGUUACAUACGGUGAUGUUGGAGGAAGCAAGGAACAGAUUGAAAAGCUCAGAGAAGUCGUAGAAAUGCCACUUCUAUCACCAGAGCGAUUCGUUGGACUUGGAAUAGAUCCGCCCAAGGGUGCACUGCUCUACGGGCCUCCCGGAACUGGAAAGACACUUUGCGCGCGAGCGGUAGCGAACCGAACAGAUGCAACAUUUAUCCGUGUUAUUGGCAGUGAGCUUGUUCAAAAAUAUGUGGGAGAGGGUGCUAGGAUGGUGAGAGAACUUUUCGAGAUGGCUCGGACCAAGAAGGCGUGCAUCAUCUUUUUUGACGAAAUUGACGCUAUCGGCGGUGCCCGUUUCGACGAUGGUGCUGGUGGUGAUAACGAAGUCCAGAGAACGAUGUUGGAGCUGAUUACGCAGCUGGAUGGUUUCGAUUCAAGAGGAAACAUCAAGGUUAUGUUUGCAACCAACAGACCGUCUACUCUCGACCCUGCUCUCAUGAGACCUGGCCGUAUCGACCGAAAGAUCGAAUUCUCCCUGCCUGAUCUAGACGGCCGUGCAAACAUCUUGCGAAUUCACGCUAAGAGUAUGUCAGUGGAGCGUGAUAUAAGAUGGGAACUGAUCUCCCGACUAUGUCCCAACUCCACCGGUGCCGAACUGCGAAGUGUUGCUACUGAGGCCGGUAUGUUCGCAAUCAGAGCCCGCCGCAAGGUUGCAACCGAGAAGGACUUUUUGGCCGCCGUGGAUAAAGUCAUCAAGGGCAACUUGAAGUUCAACUCCACGGCCACAUACAUGCAAUACAACUAGCCCGUUUCCCUAUAUCUAUCUAUCCUCUUACAACUUCCGGUGCGGGUGUGGGAUUUGGGGCGGGGAACCUAGGAUCCAAACGG